UCACCACAUUGGCUCUUUCUCACUAUUUCCUACGUUGGUUGUUUAAAGAUGACGGCCACUCCUUUUCUUAUUCUUGUUGGUCAUACCUCAAAAGCACUAAGUCCAAGAAAGGGUGAGCGCAAAGGAGGGAGGCACAUAUGGUCAGAUUAGCAAAGAAGAGAGGGGGCUGGAAUCCGUUACGUGCAUCUGGAUCCAAAAACCACUGGCCUCGGAGCAACAACUAAAUCAGAAACAACAUCGAAUGUUCUGGAGUAACGAAUCAAAGCGACGCCUUUUCUAACGGUACCAAGACGAAAAGGAGUGGGAAGAACAUCCAUUUCUCAAGAAAACUUUCAACACAGCAGCAGGACUAUUGUUACGGAUUCAAAACCCAAGGAUUGCCGUUUUGUGUGUGUGUGUGUGUGUGUGCAUGUGUGGGGUGUGGGUCUUUUCAGGCAACGUAUUGAAUGCAAUGUAUUCUGUGGUAGAGCUGCAGAAUAAUUGAACAAAGUUUCUUCUUGAAACUUUGCAAUAGAGUCCGCGCUGCGUUAGUUUACACGAGAGUGCAAACAAUGUCACACAGAGAGCUUUUUUUCCUUUUGUUAUGCGUCUGUCUAAGUGUGAGUUUUGUGAAGAGCCAAGGUUCCCCCCAGGAUGCCUUUAUACUUCAGUACAUGGAGAGGAGACUGUCUCAGAUAGAGGAACGUCUGAGUCAAUGUGAGCAAAACACCGUGACCAUAACCCAGAAGACCUACGACGUUUCCUCAGAAAUGAGAGGUCACCUGUCCACCUUGAAUGUUAUGAGAUCAGAGGUGAGGAGCCAGCUGGACAGCAUCUCUGCGCGUGUCGAGCGUGUGGAGAGAGAGCUGGAAUAUCUCGAAAACAAGAUGCCCGCCCAAUCUGACAUUGAGAUGGAGGAGGCGCUGCUGGAACAACAGAUAAAAGCAGCAGAACUGGAUCAGCUCAAGAGAAAGGCUAAAAUCAAAGUGGAAAAUGAUUGCAAUGUCGCCUUGAGUCAAAUUAAGUCGCUGAAAAUGGUGAAGAAGAUGGGGGAUAACGCGGGCUCCUGGUUCAAGGACUCUGCCGCUGGAGCAGGCAAGGUCUACCUGCUGAGUGGAAUUCGUAACGACACCCUACUGGAAUACGCAUCUCUCCAAAGCUUCUCGGAGAAAAUCGCCGUACCCCCGUUCAAAGUGGUCAGGCUGCCUUUUUCAUGGCAGGGAACAGGUCACUUGGUCUACAAUGGAUUCCUCUACUACCACAAAGCAGACACACCCAACCAGAUACUAAAAGUUGACCUGUCGAACGGCACAGUGGUGGACAGCACCCUUCUUCCAGGUGCUGGUCGCCUCCCAGUGUACAGCUUGAAUACCAACACCUACUUGGACAUGGCAGUCGAUGAACUCGGUCUUUGGGUCGUUCAUGCUGACCCAGAAUAUGGAGGAAACUUGGUUCUAACUAAAUUGGAUAAAGGAAACCUGGCAGUAGAGUACAUCUGGGAUACACAGUGUAAAAGUCAAGAUGCUGAAGGAGCGUUCAUAAUAUGUGGGACUCUUUAUGUCGUCUACAACACACACUAUGGUGGACGGUCAACUGUACAGUGUCUCUAUGAUAUUCACGACACCAUCCACAGCACUGAAAGUCCUGUGGUGUUCUUCCCAAAACGCUACACAAGCCACAGCAGCAUCCACUACCACCCUGGAGACAAACAACUGUAUGCUUGGGAUGAUGGCUACCAGACAUUAUACAAAGUGGAGACACGCAUCAAUGAUCAAAUUGAAUGAAAUAUGAAUGACAGUUUGUUUUCCUUAAAUAAUGAUCAUACUACAACCAAUUAUUACACACCAUAGGUAUUCACAUAUCAAAUUCAUGUAAAUCACUCUUUUCUCCUUGUACUGCUAAUAGGUUAAACAAAGGUUACAUUUUGUAUCUCAAAAAUAAAGAGCAUGAAAAGGCA